GGGGUGGUUCUCAUCGCCGGCCGUAGAGCGGACGGCCGGCGCUGGCUCUACCCAAACCUCACCCUGCCAGGUCUCCCUGUGCACGGGCCCCCGGCGGGCGGAACGGCAGCGGCGGGGCCCGCGUUGCCGCAGGGGCGCUGUGGGGACGGACCAGGCGGGCGCAGCGCCGCCAUGGCCGCCCGCGUUCUGAACGUGAAUGUGGGUGUGCUGGGCCACAUCGACAGCGGGAAGACGGCGCUGGCGCGGGCGCUCAGCACCACUGGCUCUACCGCCGCCUUCGACCGAGCGCCGCAGAGCCGCGCGCGGGGCAUCACGUUGGACUUGGGAUUCUCUUGCCUACGCACCGCGCUGCCGCCGCAGCUGGGCCCGGGGCCUGGCGAGCUCCAGUUCACUCUGGUCGACUGCCCGGGGCACGCCUCCCUCAUCCGCACCAUCAUCGGCGGUGCCCAGAUUAUCGAUUUAAUGAUGCUUGUGAUAGAUGUGACAAAAGGGAUGCAGACACAGUCAGCAGAGUGCUUGGUAAUUGGACAAAUUGCCUGCCAGAAGAUGGUGGUAGUUCUGAACAAAAUAGAUCUCCUUCCAGAGGGGAAGAGACAGAGUGCCAUUGAGAAGAUGACUAAGAAAAUGCAGAAGACCUUGGAAAAUACCAAAUUCUCUGGGUGUCCUAUUGUUGCUGUUGCAGCAAAACCUGGUGGACCAGAAGCCCCAGAGUCUGAGAAUCCACUGGGUGUUUCUGAAUUAAUUGAGGUCUUGAAGUCUCAGGCUUACCUGCCAUCAAGAGACCCCUCAGGACACUUCCUUAUGGCAGUUGACCACUGUUUCUCUAUCAAGGGUCAAGGCACAGUGAUGACAGGGACUAUUCUUUCUGGCUCUGUUAGCCUUGGUGACAAUGUGGAGAUUCCUGCCCUGAAGGUGACAAAGAGGGUCAAGUCCAUGCAGAUGUUCCAUACUCCUGUGACCUAUGCAAUGCAGGGUGACAGAGUAGGUGUCUGUGUGACCCAGUUUGAUCCCAAACUGCUGGAACGAGGCCUAAUUUGCACCCCAGAUUCACUUCAGACCAUCCAUGCUGCCAUAAUUUCCUUGAAGAAAAUUCAGUAUUUUCGAGGAGCUCUUCAGACUAAGGCCAAGUUCCACGUCACAGUUGGUCAUGAAACAGUUAUGGGAAGAGUGAUGUUUUUCAGUCCAGACCCUGCUAACUUCAAUGAAGAAAUUCAAGGAAAUGUGUUUGAUUUUGAAAAAGAUUACCUUUAUCAAGAGGAAUAUUUGUCCAAAGACUCGGUUUCUUCAGAGGAGAACAAAGAAAAUGACCAGGCAGAAAUCCAGCUCCCAAAACAACAGUGGGCUUUGCUGGAGUUUGAAAAACCAGUCACUUGUCCUAAACUGUGCCUUGUGAUCGGCUCUAAGCUGGAUACAGAUAUUCAUGCCAAUACCUGCAGGCUGGCAUUCCAUGGGGUACUGCUCCAAGGCAUGGAAGACAAGAACUACACAGAGGCUUUCCUUCCAAAGCUGAAAGUGUACAAACGGAAGCACAAAGAAGGGCAAGUGGAAAGGGUGAUGGAUGAUUACAGUGUGAUUGGUCGUUCGUUGUUUAAAAAGGAAACAAACAUCCAGAUUUUUGUGGGUCUCAAAGUGAAACUAUCUACAGGAGAAGAUGGAAUAAUAGAUGGUGGUUUUGGACAAAGUGGUAAAUUUAAAAUCCGAAUUCCAGAUGGGCUGAAGCCAGAUACCAAGACGGUGCUAACUGCUGCCUCCAAGAAGAAAUCUAAGGGAGGGAAGGGGGAUAUGACCAAAGAGGAUGAAAGCAGCAAGAAUGAUUCAGCUCAGCCUGUUACUAUCUCUCUUAUCUUUAAAAGAUACAUUUUUGACACACAGAAGAAAAUGAUUCAAUCCUGAGGAAGCAAGAAAGGCCUCUGAUUACACCUCAAAGUCCAGACCCUGAAAUGCAUUGAGGUGGAAUGUGUUUCCUGUCCUAACACGUUAGACCUGUUCCUUCCUCACAAAAAGAGCCUGGAAGCUCAUGCUGACUGUGCCCCCUUUCAAAAUCUGUGCAAUCUCAUAUUGUUCUGUUCAAAUAUGCUUAUUUUGUCAUCUCUGUGAUGUGCAUCAUUUUGGCAUCUCAGAGAAUCUCACCUGCCAGGUGAGCACACUGGGGUUUACAUUCUAAUUGCACUGUUUUCCUGGAUAAUUGUGUUGAAGUUUCUCUUGAUUUAGAAGUUUCCCACCAGUAUUAAUCUAAAUCAAGUCAAGAUGUGAAUUUCACGUGACCCACAAAUAAAGCUGAUUAUUCUUAUUUCCUUGAGCAAAGUGGGAGACAGAAGGCCCACUAUUUAAUAGGUGAAAUCUAAAAUGGAUGUUUCACAUUCCUUCAGUUGGAACUCUCUAAGAUGCUAUCUGAGAGAUGGUAUGGGUGUUUUUUAUAAAUAUGAUUUAUAGCUAGAAAUGUUUUUCAUAUUAAACAUAAUGAUCUGUGUAGCUGAGAGUCUUAAUUGUUCUGUUUGCUGUUCCAAAGGUUCAGAAUUUAACUUCAGUGACAUUUUAUGUAACUUCUCUGAUUUUCCUGCUUGUUCUGCAAUGAAUCCCAUUCCAAAACUGGUGUUUUUGGGUUUUUUUUUGUAACCAAAAUGCCUUUGGUGUGUGAAAGAAAAAGUUGUCUCUGGAAAUAGUCAAGAGCUUCCUUUCAUUAAAAUAAUGAUAGAAGAUUGCUGCAUAAGCCUUGUAAAAUGAGUGUCUCCAAGAUGGAGCCAUUAGUUUUCAAUAGGGAUUUCAUAGUACUUUCUCUCAAUUUCAUGUCCUAGGCUCAUGAAAAGGAGAGCACUGGUAAUAUCCCGUCCUUGUUGCAUACAAAGGAUAGAACACCUUAACAUGAAAACUAACAGCAAUUCCACAGGAAGUCUUUGGUAACCAAAUGGAUUAUGAAUGUGUGUGCACAGUUCCAGUAUAAUAGAGGUUCCACCCAGGUCUACAACUGUGCUGUCUUCAGGGAAGGAAGGGUCCUCCUGCUGCAUUGGCUGCUGAUGACCUUGCAAGGGACAUGGAGCUGCUGGCUGUCACAGCACCAGAGGAAGCAGGGAAGGACACAACAGCAUCACAAGCCGAGGCAGAAAAAGCAGAAAAAGCAGCUGCAAUGCCAGAGGCAGAAAGCCUAGUGGAAGCAGGUCUGGGCAGGAAGGUGGUCACUCCUGGAGGAGCAGCGGCGAUUGUGGUGGGAGCAUCAGAAAACCCAGGGGCAGAAAGGGUUGUUGAAGCAUUUGCCAGGGCAGCAGAAAGAAUUGCAGUAUCAGAAGUAGCCAAGGUGUUGCAGUCAGCAAUAGCUGAGCUUAAAGAGAAGAGGAAGAACAUGUGGAUAAAGCCAUGGAACACCUCUCAGCAAGAAGAGGAUUGGAUGAAAGAGGAAGAGAUGAAAUGAAAUGGAGAGGUCAUACCUCCUAAUGGGAGGCUUGUACUAUCAUUCCUGGAAUGCAAUAGGGCUGCCAAUCACAACUCUUUUGUGACUCACUGUACUAUUAAAAAUAAAUAUAUGGUAAUUCUGCAUGCAAUA